CGGUCGAAUGACGUCAGAGGAGGCACAACACCGGGCUAGCUGUCAGGCAGUGCUAGAGACGGGAAGGGCAUGAACACGGAGCUGGCUCCUCCGAUGUUGUACACUUAUUUAAAAGCGUUGUAUUUCGUCUUAAUGUGUCCACUCGAAGUCUCUUUUUGUUUCGACAAACACACUAGCUAGCCCGUCUCGCUAGCUUGCAUGCGAAGGUAACGUUCAGAGAUAAGAUAGCUAGACAGACAGAAAAGCCCCAGCAUGGCGUUAAUCCUGUUUACGAGGUCCAGGGCACCUUUAAUGACAACUUCCAGAUCUUUAAACAACGAUCUACGAAAAGCUAAAGGGAAAGUAAAAGAUGCUUCCUGUUUUAACUGCACUGCGUUAAGACUCUCCAGUCAAAGACUCAUUGAGUUCCAACAAGUCAGCUCGACCCAGCUGUCUCAAUUUGGCCCAUCCCUCUUCUUCGAUGGACACGUUGGCCCCUUUUGGACCUCGGAUUCACAGCGUCUCUUCUGCGAUUUUGCACUCCGGGCCUCUCCUUCGCCGUACCCUGCCAUUGCUACGAGAUCAUGGCGGCAGGACGUCCCUGGGAGCGUCAGGUGGAUACACACCUCGUCAAGAAGGUGGGAUGACUCGAAGGUGGAGAAGUCGCUGCGGUCGCUAAAGGAUAAGAAGAAGCUAGAGGAAGGGGGUCCGGUCUACAGCCCAACCUUGGACAUGGAGCCUGUCAGGCGGACACUGCGACAGAGAGUGGUGGAUGAAAUCAAACACUACUAUCACGGCUUCAGGCUGCUAUUUGUUGACACCACGAUCGCUGGCCGUAUGCUGUGGCAAGUACUGAACGGACAUGGCUUGUCCCGCCGAGAGAGGAGACAGUUCCUACGAACCUGUGCAGACGUCUUCAGACUUCUCCCCUUUCUGGUGUUCAUCAUUGUCCCGUUCAUGGAGUUCCUGCUCCCUGUCGUUCUCAAGCUCUUCCCCAACAUGCUGCCGUCCACCUUCGAGACACAGUCAAAGAAGGAGGAGAGGUUGAAAAAGGAGCUGCGGGUCAAACUGGAGAUGGCCAAGUUCUUACAGGACACAAUCGAGGAGAUCGCGCUGAGGAACAAGGCAGCCCAAGGCAACGUGACUGAAGAGUUCUCCACCUUUUUCCAGAAGAUCCGAAGCUCCGGAGAACGUCCCAGCAAUGAGCAGAUCUUGCGUUUCUCCAAACUCUUUGAGGAUGAGCUGACUCUGGACAACCUGACCCGACCCCAGCUGGUGGCGCUCUGCCGCCUUCUGGAGCUGCAGUCCAUCGGGACCAACAACUUCCUCCGCUUCCAGCUCAUCAUGAAGCUGAGGAACAUCCGUGCCGACGACAAGAUGAUAGCGGAGGAGGGCGUGGACAGCCUCAAUGUGAACGAGGUGCAGGCUGCAUGUCGUGUUCGAGGGAUGAGAGCUCUCGGCGUCACAGAAGAGAGACUCAGAGAGCAGCUCAGCCAGUGGCUGGAGCUGCAUUUAACCCAGCAGAUUCCCACCUCCCUGCUGCUGCUGUCUCGAGCCAUGUACCUCCCUGACACUCUGUCCCCUGCCGACCAGCUGAAGACCACCUUGCAGACACUUCCUGAGAUGGCGACCAAGGAGGCUCAGUUAAUGGUGGCCGAGAUGGAGCUGUCUAAGGUGGACAACAAGACCAAAGUGGAGACCACGCUGCAGGAGGAGGCGGCCAUACGUCAGGACAACAAGGACAGAGAGAUGGAGAGGCUGGCUGAUGCUGCCGAGAAGGCUGCCAGGGACGAUGAGUUGGAGCAGGACGAGCGAAGCAGACACAUCCAAGCAAAACCUCAGGCUGCGCAUUCCGACAUGCUCAGGGACACAGCGCCGGUCGUUGAAGGAGUUAAAUAUGAACAGUGGCAGACAUUCCUGCGCUAUCAGGAAGAGGAGAUCACCAAAGAGGAGAUCGACAUGAUUAGCGACGCCUGCUCCAAGCUGAAGGAGCAGAAGAAGCUUCUGACUCUGGAGAAGGAGGAGCUGGAGGAGCUCAAGGACGACGUCCAGGAAUACAACGAGGACCUGGAGGAGAUCAAGAAGGAGCUCACCAAGACCGGCCAAGAGAAGGCGGUGCAGGAGUCCAAGGCCAGCCAGCGUCUGUCCAAGAGAGUCAACCGCAUGAUAGGACGCAUAGACAAGAUCAUCCUGGAGCUGGAGAAGGACAAGGUGAUCCUGGAUGGCCAGAUGGACGGUGGAACCACGCCGCCUGUUGGUCUCUUCUACACCUUCAGGGAGAACCUCAUUAGCAUCGACGAGCUCAUCGGCGUCAUGCGGCAGAUCCAGAACAUUCCAGAGCACAAGCUGCAGAGCAUCGCAGAGGCGCUCGACGACAACAAGGACGGCAAGAUCGACAUCGACGACGUCAUUAAAGUGGUGGAGCUGAUCGACAAGGAGGACAUCGACAUCUCCACCUCUCAGGUGGCCGACAUCAUGGUGAUGCUGCAGAAGGAGGAGAAGCUGAUCGAGAAGGAGAAGGCCAAAGAGAAGGCGGAGAAGGAGCAGGCGGCCAAGCUGAACGGCUAGCGGCCUGACGCUGCCAGGAAGCAGUUGAACUGACAAAAAAAAAUCAAAAGGUAACAAAAAAAUGUUAUUUCACCGCAAACGGAGUAAAUUGAACUAGAAAAAGAGCCUAUUGCCUUUAAAAGGCAGCAAAUCAUGGACGUGAUCACGUUAGAUACACUUCAGUCUGCUGUGAUUCUAUUAUUUAUUAGAGCGGGGGGCACUCCCUCCCCAGCAUGAAAACCAAGCAGGAACAAGAACAAAAUAAAUGAAUGAAUGAUGAUGCACUUAAAAAAAAUCAUUCAACUGUCUUGUUUGUAAUUCCGAAGAGUAUCACAGGAUGUAGACUUCCAGCGUAUGACUGUUGCUUCCUCGGAAACCACCCGGAGACGUCAUUAACAUCAUUUCCGUUCCAUACGUGUCAUAUCCAUUUCUUUGCUGAUUUUAGCCGCCCUCAUCAUGUGAUUGUCACGCAAACUACUAUGACGAGCAGCCAGACAGCUGUCAAUCAAGGUAUUGGCUCAUGGGAUGGAUUCAGUGGCCUUAAUGGGGGACAUCGUCUUUUAGUUGAUUUGGACGACCGCUACAGAGCAAUCCAGGGGUCUGGUACCAACAUCGCGUCAUAUAUUAAACGUAGGAUGUUAAGUUUUUAGGCCGGGUUGACUGUCCUAUACAUACAACAGUGGUGCGUUCAAGGGACCGCCGAGCAAAGUGCUAAAUCUUGUGUCUGCCCUGUUACACUUGGCAGGGGGUGCCGGUGUUUACAUCCCAAAGGCUUAGGGCUGCAUCCUGCACAGUAACAGCACCAAGGGGUCAAAGGUCAGAUGAAGGAAGAUACCAUUUUCUUUGAUUUCCAGUAUUGGUUUGAGCAAAUUGUGAUACUUUAUGAGGUAAUCAAGUAAAUGCUUUGAUUCCUGGGAUGUGGGAUAGGAGCAACGCAUAAAUACAUAUUUUGGGGGUGGGGUGGGGGGGUUGGCUUUCAUUGCUUUCUUUCUCAGUGCCGUCAGAGGUGCUUUUUUUUUGGGAGGCACAUACUUAUUGUGAAAUAUCGUGUGGGCACACGUGACCUACAGCAGCAGCUCGUCUCGCCACCAGAGAAGCAGAUGAUUUGAUAUAUUUAUUUCUGGUAGUUAUGGACGAUAGAAAAAGCAGCUGGAGGAAAAACGAGCUGCUCAGGCCACACGGAAGAUAUUCCAAUCAUAGUGCGAGCGUCAGGAGCCAAGAACCUGUGUAGCAGACACGCAUAUAUAGCUUUGUCAUUUAAAAACGGAUCACAAUGAGUAGUGAUAGUUGAUAGAGGAAUAUUUGACAGCUGGUUGAUUGUCACCACAUUGAUUGUUAUGCCACCAAACUGCUAAAAAUAUACAAAGAGCAUUAGAAUAAUCUAAAGAAAUACAUAUAUACUAGCCAUGGUUUUACAGCACAAUAUAGACUGUUUACUUUUCAAUUAUUAUUUAUUGUUUUCUCAUGCAAAUGUGUUGAUUUGUAUUUUUAUUUUGAAGAAUUGAGCAGUUACGACUUUUACUUGAGAAUGUAUGAAAAGCUUCAGUUUUGCCCCCAAUCAGAUUCAUGUCACUGCACAGUGGGACACAAACAAAAGUGGAAUAAACAACUAAAGAUGC